UUUGUUCAAAUCAAUCAACCCGGAGACGGACAGAGAGCUGCUGAAUCAGGAAAUCACCAAACCGCAUCUUAUUGAAAAAAUGCCACGCAAGAAGGUGACGGAUAUCUCAGGGAAUGGUGGGGUGAAGAAGAAGAGGGCCAGCGGGAAAAGGAAAGAGAGAGACUUCAGUAGCGAUGAUGAGUUUGACUUCGAGCAGGAGAACAACAAGAAACCUGGCAGGCCCGCGGCCAAGUCUGGUCUGCAGCCCGUCACUGUGGCAGAUGACGUCAAAGAGACAAUAAAACUUGAAUGCCCAAAGGUAAAAGGUCAACUACUCAUCUUUGGAGCAACCAACUGGGAUUUGAUUGGAAGAAAGGAGGUGCCCAAACUUCAAGCUGCAUUCCGUAACCUGGGACAGAAUCUGUGGGGUCCUCACCGCUACGGCUGUCUGAGCGAUGUCAAGGUUAGCUGUGUGGUGUCUGGGCCCUGUUCUGCACACAGUCUCCUGAUGACCACUGAGGGCAAGCUCUGGAGCUGGGGUCGUAAUGACAAAGGUCAGCUGGGUCAAGGCGACACCAAACGCCUUGAGGCUCCCAAGUUAAUCGAGGCGCUGGCAGAUCAUGUGAUUGUUGCUGCAGCCUGUGGACGCAAUCACACUCUCGCACUCACAGACGAUGGUACUGUGUACUCUUUUGGUGAUAACAAGCUUGGCCAGCUUGGCCAAGGCAACCAAACUGAUGCCGUCCUCAGCCCCGCAGCAAUUUCCUACAAUGGACAGCCCCUAGUGAAGGUGGCUUGUGGAGCUGAAUUUAGCAUGGUGGUGGACUGCAAAGGAAACCUGUACUCCUUUGGCUGUCCGGAGUAUGGACAGCUGGGUCACAACAGUGAUGGGAAAUUCAUAGCUCGUGCCCAGCGCAUUGAAUUUGACUGUGAGCUCAUUCCUCGUCGGGUUGCCAUCUUUAUUGAGAAGUCUAAGGACGGUCAGGUCAUGCCUGUGCCUAACGUGGUGGUCAGAGAUGUGGCCUGCGGGGGCAACCACACACUGGUGCUGGACUCUCAGAAGCGAGUGUUCAGCUGGGGUUUUGGUGGUUACGGUCGUCUGGGCCACACAGAUCCGAAGGACGAGAUGGUUCCCCGACUGGUUAAACUGUUUGACUUCCCUGGACGUGGUGCCAGUCAGAUCUGUUCAGGCUACCAGUGUUCCUUUGCGCUCAGCGAGAUGGGAGGGCUGUUUUUCUGGGGGGUGACCAACACUUCCAGAGAGUCAACCAUGUACCCCAAAUCCGUGCAGGAUCUGUGUGGCUGGAAGAUCCGCAGUAUGUCGUGUGGGAAGAGCAGCAUCAUCGUUGCUGCAGAUGAGAGUACAAUCAGCUGGGGCCCCUCACCCACAUUUGGAGAGCUGGGAUAUGGAGACAAUAAACCCAAAUCCUCCACCACAGCUCAGGAGGUUAAGACCUUGGAUGGCAUCUACAUUGAACAGGUGGAGAUGGGCUACGCGCACACGCUGGUGAUUGCCAGACAGGACACUGAGCAGGAAGAGGAGAGACUGAAAAAGCUGCCUGAGUACAACCCCCGGACACUCUGAUUGGACCUUCAACAACGACACCUUAACCUUUUUCACUGGGGCACAGACCAGCGCUGCUCAGCAGGAACAUCUUGCCUACUUAGUAAGGGCCGGUCAUGGUGGUGUGCUAGUGGGAUGGUUGAGUUCAGGGGGGGUGGCUCUCUAAAGUCUGAAAGAUAUCCACACAUCUCAGCUACCAGCAAACUGGUUCUACACCAAUUAGGACACUAAAAUAAGAGAAAAUGGGACUGGAGGUGGACAGAUCCUCUGGACGGUCCAACUCACAUUUAACAAGGAAUGGUCAAGAUAUCGUCACUUCCCACCUCCAGUGAACAAGCAACAGUUUGCUCCAAGCACUCAACACAGUUGUGCUUCCCAAACCCUUUUCCAUUUUGUAAUACAGCCAAACAUUGAUGUCUUCAUGUCUCUUGUCCUAUUAUUGUUUUCUUUGUUGCAGUAUUUGAAAUAAUAGUAGUUUGUCACAUAUACGGGUGCUACAGCUGAGCCCUCAGACUUUUUCUUCUGAGGGCUUUUCAAAGGUUUUCAAAAACACUCCCUACCUGUGCCUUUUUCUACAUGUAUGUUCAGGAUAUGGAAGUUGUGUUUCUGUUGCUCAGAGAAUCAGCUGUUCAGUCUGAUUUCAUGGGCGUGGCAGUAUGGGGAGGGUGUGUGUGUGUGCGUGUGUGCAGCUGCCACAGAUUACAAUCAGGAUUUUGGAACAUAAUGUUCUGAGUUAGUGCACUUCACUCGAUGUUACAUUCCUUUAGUCGUCUUCAGUAUUUGCAUCAAGGAUGCACACCUCAGUCCUUCCAAGACCACACUGUCUGAUCUCUAUUUGCUAAUUUGAGUCAUAUUAAUUAUUCCAAUGCUCAAAGAGGUUUCACAAGCAGUUGAAAUUUUUUAGAACCAAUAAUAUCCUGUCUGGAAAUGGUUCUGUGUACCGAGGUGUGCUGGGAAUGAAGGCGUAUUAUUGUUUUGAAAACAGCACCGGUGUUUUUCUUCAAUCUGUGCUGCAUUCUUUUUUUUAUAGUAAAAUAUAUCGGCUACAUUGUUUUUCAUUGAAAUGGUUAAAUAAAGGUGUCAUGUUAA